AUGUCCGCUGACACGCGCGGGCUGGCAGUCCAAGAUCUCUCCACCCUCGACGUUGCGAGCCUCACCCCCCUCUCCCCUCAGGUCAUCUCUCGCCAGGCCACCAUCAAUAUCGGCACGAUCGGCCAUGUCGCUCACGGCAAAUCUACCGUCGUCAAAGCAAUUUCUGGCGUCCAGACCGUCCGCUUCAAAACAGAGCACGAGCGUAACAUCACCAUCAAGCUGGGUUACGCAAAUGCUAAGCUCUACAAGUGCAGCGACGAGGCCUGUCCGCGUCCUUCGUGCUACCGUGCAUAUGGAUCCUCCAAGGAGGAUACCCCAGCGUGCGAGGUCCCGGGCUGCAUGGGGAACAUGGCCCUCAUGAGACACGUUUCGUUUGUUGAUUGCCCGGGACAUGAUAUUUUGAUGGCCACGAUGCUUAAUGGCGCGGCUGUCAUGGACGCCGCUUUGCUCUUGAUUGCUGGGAAUGAGCCUUGCCCACAGCCCCAGACGAGUGAGCAUCUUGCCGCGGUUGAGAUCAUGAAACUGCGUCACAUCAUCAUUUUGCAAAACAAGAUCGAUCUCGUCAAAGAGACCGAUGCCGAAGCGCAGUAUGAGCAGAUCCGCGAGUUUACAACUGGAACGGUGGCAGAAGAUUCCCCCAUUAUCCCCAUAUCCGCUCAGCUCAAAUACAACAUCGAUGUCGUUGUCGAGUACCUCAUCAAGAAGGUGCCGGUGCCGCAGCGCGACUUUGUCAGCUCCCCACGCAUGAUUGUCAUCCGCAGUUUUGACGUCAACAAGCCAGGUGAGGAAGUCGAUGAUCUCAAGGGCGGCGUUGCGGGUGGGUCUAUCAUGCAGGGCGUGCUGCGUGUCGGCGAUGCCAUUGAAGUUCGGCCAGGGAUUAGCUUCCGCGAUUCAAGCGGCAAGAUUGCUUGCAAACCCAUUGUUAGCGUUAUCCGAUCUAUGCACGCCGAGCAAAACGAUCUCCAAUACGCCGUCCCUGGCGGUUUGAUCGGUGUGGGAACCAAGAUCGACCCAACUUUGACCCGCGCGGAUCGGCUCGUCGGUCAUGUGCUUGGCGCGAAGGGACACCUGCCAGACGUCUACUGUGACCUCGAGGUUAACUUUUUCCUCUUGCGAAGACUGUUGGGAAUGAAGACCGAGGGUGAUAGUAAACAAGCAAAAGUGUCUCGACUUGACAAGGGCGAGACACUCAUGAUGAAUAUUGGUAGCACAAGUACGGGUGGUAGGGUGAUUGCCGUGAAGCGAGAUCUCGCCAAGUUUACGCUUUCGAGUCCUGUGUGCACGUCUGUGGGUGAGAAGAUUGCGUUGUCGCGGAGAAUCGACAAGCAUUGGCGGUUGAUUGGAUGGGGUCAGAUCCGGGCUGGCGUCACCAUCAAUCUAUCCACAUCUAACUGACAGACUAGCCGCCCUGCGCCACUCUCGACUCGAUACGCGCGUUUUGUAUUGCACGUUUAGAUUGAGGUUGUGUCUACGUGCGUCUAUUCCAAGUCGCGUAAGGUUCAAAGUAUGUGUUGUUAAAAUAUUUCCACGCUCGAAACUACGGGCAU